AUGGAUAUAGCUCCUGAAACUUCAAGUAAUCUUCCUCGAACAGUUUUCCUCACCGAAGCAAAUCAAGAAAUCGAUAUUCCGGUAACAAACUAUUCAGCAAGGACUUGAUGACCAUCCUGAAUAUGAAUCCAUGCUUAAAAAGCAGUUAAAGUCAGAAAGAAUAAUGACUUUCACAGGACUUGACCAUAAUGGCGAGCAUGAUGGCAAAAAUGACUGAAGAGACGUUUACAUGAAAAAUUAUUCUGAGCUCCAAAGGCUCAAAUCUCUCCAAUAUCGCGAACAAAUGAAUGAAAAAUACCAAAAAGAAAUGCUUUUAAAAGAGCAACUUGCAUUAAAAGAAGAAAUUUUUUUAAAAAGAAUGCACGAUAAAGCUUUUUCUAAAAUAAAUUUUACCCCAGAUGACCCUAAAUAUUCAAAAUCUCCUUUUUUCCCUGGUUUCUAUUUUUUCGAAGCGUUACUUAAAAAUGUGAAAACCACGUCCUGUCGGCUAAAAAUAAAUUUUCCGCAAGCAUUUUAUAUUUUGGAGUCACAGUCUUAUUGGAUUUAUACAGAUGAGACAACAGGAAUAUUGAUGAAUUCCCAAGAAUACACUAAAAUGCAGGCUUAUGAAGAGUUGAAACAUUUUUAUUAUGAGCCUUUAAAUGUAGCUGCUGUGCUUGCUCCCUUAAUUUGUAAAACUAAUGUUUUAAAUUAAAUUGAACAGAAUUAGCUAGAGAUUUCUUUAUAAUAAUUAGGCAAAAAAUAGGGAUUUAUCCAAUAGUUUUGUUCGCUUGCGGAGGGGAGUUAGAAGGAAAAAAGAAUUAAUUGAGUUGGAGUCUAACGCAUUAUCACAAAUGGAAUUGCAUGAUAAACUUUUAAAAAAUGCCUUAAUUCCCCUCAAGAAAUAAAAAUGGUGACAUUGACGGAAAUUGCAAUUCGAGGAGUAUUCCCUAUGGAGCAGGUAGGACCCAUCUGAUGAUGAUGAAAACGCCUGUUCCUUUUUGAAGCAGACCUUCAGACUUGGGGUACCUUGCUGAAGAGGGAAGUUUUUUUGUUCUCCCAAAGGUUUUACUGUCCCUGCCAGGUGGGCUACAGGCUUUGCUACCAAAUGGUUUCUUUUUAUUGGAAGCAUCGUAUCUUCUUGCCCUAAUGUCAACAUUUUGGAGUCAAGGUGGGUGAAGGGAGUAUGCUUAUCCGUUUAUGGCCAGCAUAAACUUUUAAUUUAAUUUAUUUCCCCUCAUUAAGGAGGCAGAAAAAUUUGCUCACACAAGGAGGGUUUUGAUUUUUAUUUUUAAUUUUUUUUUUCAAAAUUAAUAAUGCCUUUAUUAAAAUUGGAAAUUAAAAGUUUAAUUUAAAUGCAGGCCAUUUAAAAUUUAAUUAAAUCAUCAUUUAUUAUAUAUUAUAAAUAUAGCGCUUUCCCGAGGAUGGCGCGGAAUGGCGCCAUCCUCGGGAAAGCCGGGAAGGCAUCCACACGGGAAACUGGGAGUUCCACGUGUGGAUGCCAUUUUGACAUGUGGAAGUUUGGAUCCCACAUGUCAAAAAUGGCAUCCACACGUGGAACUCCCAGUUCCCGUGUGGAUGCUUAGUUGACUUUCCCGAGGAUGGCGCCAUUCCGCGCCAUCCUCGGGAAAGCGCUAUAUUUGUUUAAAAGAAUUUUUAUUCAAAAUAAUUUUUGCUCGUUCAUGGAGGGAUGAGUAGUUAGUUAGUGGGGCUAUGAUACAAAGAUAUAUAAAAUGCAAUAAUGAUAGGCCAACUAUUACAAGAUUAUUCUAUAUAAAUACAACCAAAGUGACUAAGGCUUCACACGCAUAUUGCAUAUCUAGCAGUUUAAGCUCCUAUGAAAAAUUCAGCCAAGCUAAAGUUUGCUUAUGCACUGGUAUAUUGAAUGGUUUUGAUAUUUCCCUUAUGCAUGGGAUGGCCAUUGCCGAGUAUCAAAAAUACGCAAAAAAUAUUGUAACUUUUUUACAGAUUUCUCACAGUGUCAGGAUUGAAGAAAUCGUACUUGAUUUUGUAAAGGACCAAUCAGGGAAAAUUUGGUUCUUAGAAUGCAAAGGUUUUAACUUGGAUUAUAACAGCGCAAUAACUAAAGAAAUAAAAUUAAAAUUAAAAAGCUCCAAAUCCCAGCCUUUAUUAAAAGAAUAUUUAGAAGAAACUAAAGACCAGCUAUUAAGUUCUAUUCAUUGCAGAUUAUGCUUAUUGCCGUUUAAAAACUCAGAUCUCUCGCAUUCUUUACCAUUUAAAAUGCUUUUGCUAUAUAAAAGACAUAUUAGAAAACAAGGACGAAAAGGUUUAAAAAUAUCACAUAUCCGUACUUUAAGCAGCGAUUUUUUAAGCCACUCAGUAAGAAUUUGUAAGCUUUGCUAUAUGCUAAUCUUGCAAGAGUAUGAAUUAAUUGAAGCAGAAAAUAAAUUGGCUGAGUAUUUAAAUGUGGAUGUUGAGUUUGAAGAUUUAUCGAAAAAACUUGAUUACAAGGGCUAAUUUAUUUUUCUGCAUUUUUUUAAUAAUAAUAUAUUUAUUUAUCUUGAAUAACCCAGUAAGAAGCAGCUUUAAGCAGAUUUUUAUACAUGAAAAUCUCAAUUUGCCUCUUUAUGAAGAAAAGUAAAUUAAGUUAGCUAAUAAAUAAUUCAACUUUUUUUAACUGUAAUAAAGGGUUCUUUUAUAUUAUUGAUGUAUUCUAAUUUAGAGUCAUUUGGUUUGAUAAAAAAACUUUUAGGAGCUAAAAUGCGAAGGCAUAUAAAAAAAUAAGUUUACAAAUGUAUGAUAAGUUACUAAAUUUAGAUAAAUAUGAAGCAUAUCAGAUUUUGUCAGAAAACAGCUAAAUUAUUUAAAAUAAGACUUUAUAUCCGCGCAUCUUAGACUAUUUUGCCUAUAAAUUAAUCUAAAUCGAUAUCCAUGCCCAAAUAUAAAAGUCGGUGUCAGUCACGUAAACUUUUGUUAUUCAUCUGUUUCCAUCUUUAAUUUCAAUUUAAGGUUUGAGGUAUGGCCUGAAGCAUGAAUAGCGAUUUAUGCAUAGCUAUUACUUAUAUUCUGCAUGCGAGAUGGUCUCUUAGGUGUAAAUUUAAAUCACAUGCUUUUUAAACCAAAAUUAAUGUGUAGUCUAAAUGUAGGCGCCAGACGUGCAAACUUUUGGAGUUCAUCUGGGUUCCAUAUUUGAUUUCAAUUCAAGUUUUUGAGGUAUGGACUGAAGCAUGGGUAGCUAUUUACACAUAAUUGUGCCUUAAUUUUAGCACCCACUUUUAACCUAUUCAUUGAGUUUUACUAAAAUUAAGCUAUUUCUGUUUCUUAUUUGAAAUCAAAAGGUAUUAUUAUAAGCUUUUCAGCUGCUUCAUUUUUUCUGACAAAUUCUGAUAUGCUUCAUUUUUAUCAGAAUUCUGAUCACAGAUUUGACUCCCUAAAGUCAAUUUAACAAGCCGAAAGACUUUCAAUAAUGCCUGCUAUUAAUUAAUAAUUUUUUAAUCUUGAACUACUCUGAUAACCUUUCUAAUUUGUUUUUUUCAUAAAUAAGGAAAAAUAGAUUUUGAUAUGUUAAAAGUUGUCUGGCUUACCUUAAAAAUGAUUCUUACUUGUCUAUUCAAGACAAUUAAGUAUAUAGAAGUUUCCUAUGUUUGGCGCUGUAAGGCCGAUAAAUUCUGAUCGGAAUUUAUCGGUUGGUUGCACCAAAUCAAUGCCUUGGUCGGACCAAAAAGCGAUUUGGUCCGACGAACUUGGAAAGCUCCUGGGAAAAUGUCUGCGCUUUCAGCGCUAUAUAGAGGAAACCUCUAUGCAUAUCUCAGCAACAAUUUAUCCCAAAAAUUUUUAAUAUCUAAAAGCAGUUAAAUUUUCAGCAUAUAAAAAUUUCGAAUAAUAAUUACUAUCAAAAAGUACAGUGUGAAAUUAUGCACCAGAUUACAAACAUCCACCAUUUUUGCCUAAUAAAGUAUACCAAUGAAGAGUACUGCUUUAUUUUAAAUCAUUAGAACUACUAUCAAGACAAAUGAGUUUCCGAAAUAAAACAUUUUAUAUUCAUUUUAAAUUUUUUGAUAAAGCUUUUUAUUUUAAACUGCAAAACCAAGACUCUGACAUGGUAAAUCUUUCGAAUUUGCAUUUAAUUUAUUUUUAUGCAUCUGAUAAUAAUCAUGUAAGGUUAUUAUCAGAAUCCGAAAAUUUGCAAAUUUUGGUAUCUGAUGAUAUUUCAGGGAAUAAAAUAAUAGCAGCUGGCUCCACAAAAGCGCUAGGAUUAUUUUCCUGCGAAAUGGGGAUUAAUGAUUCUUUGACACAAAUGAAAUCGACUACUCUGUUUAAUAAAGCAAAAGCAGUGAUUAAUAUAAAUUUUAUUACUGGAUUAGUUUGCGACCAUAUGAUGAACUUAAAAACGCUUCCAAUUGAUAUUAUAAAAUACAAUUCUGUAUAUCUCCCUGGGAGUUCUUAUUUUUCAUCAGAUGCGCUUCCGGAUUCUUGAAUGGAAAUAUUUGAAGAAAACUACAAAGAGGAGGACAGUUCGAAGCUACUUAAUACAUCUGCAGAAAUUAGUGGAUUUUAUACUCCAACUAUCCCUGAAAAAUUAAUUUAUAACAUGCCUAUCCAAACUCUUAAAAAAUAUGCUACACUUGAAGCAAAAAGUCCUAAAUCCCCUCCAUGAACGAACAAAAUUAUUUUUGUUCAUUCACGGAGAGGGUUAAUUUUUCUUUAAAAAUUUAAAAAUCCUAAUUCACAAAAUUGGAAAGCAAUUAUUAAUUUAAUUUGUAAAAUUUAUGUUUAAAACGCAAGCUGUUUGAAUUAAACAGAAUUAGCUAAAGAUUUAAUUAAACUAAUUAUCACUUAUAUAUCAAACUAUAUUAAAAAAUAUUUUGUUGGGUAUUUUUAGAAAAAAUAGGAGUUUUCCAAUGGUUUUUGCUCACUUAAGGAGUGUGAGAAGUAAAGAAUCUCCUAAAAAUUCUCCGACAAUAUCAAAAAUCCCAAUUCGUCCAUUAUCAUCUAAAAAACCCCCAUCAGAAAAAGCAGGUGCUACCUUAAGAUCAUCUAUAAGUGCCAGGUCAAUUAUAUCAACCCGGCCUACUUCUUCCACAAAAGUGAUUAGAACAGAAAAUCCUUUAUCAUCACCAUUACUUGUACAUAAAAGACCAACUACCGCUCUUUCAGUCAGAAAUAACAUAGACUUAGCAAUCCAUUCAUUUGAAGACGAGCCUGAUGACCGUAAAGAGGCUUUGCCUGAAGAUUUUCUUUUUAAAACAGUUUCCAGCUAUCUCACCCAGAGAGGAUUUCAUAAAAGAGUAGAAAGUUGCCUUUCUCAAAACACCCAAGCAACGACUAAGGCAAAUUCUCAAGAAAGCACUAAAAAAAGAAAAAUAGCUCGCAAGAAAAAGACCAAAGCCAGUAGUUUAGCAAUACAGAAACCAAGUGAAGAUAAAAAUGAAUUACUGUGUGAUAUAUAUGCCCCACAUGAAUGGAGAGCUUAUAAAAAAUAUAAAACAUAUGAAAAAUAA